CACCGAGGGGUCGGAACAGCGACAACUGCCUGGCUCGUUCGGCAUCAAUCGGUGCUCUAGGAUCAGAGGGUUCCAUGGCGUGGUUGCUGCGAGGCAGAGAGGGCGCGACGGAGGAGACUGGAGCUUGGAGUUUGGUGUUAUUGCCUGCGCUCAAGGCGGAAAAGGAAGAAAACAAGGAAGUAUCGGGCUGGACGCGAGUGUUGAUCAAGAAACAAGGCCACGAUGGAGCUCGCGGGGAGAUGAGAAGGAAGGAGACGGUGGAUGGCAGAACACCGACUGUUCACAGUUCAGCUGAGGUGUCGAAUCCAAUAUAUCUCCAGCAGUGGAUGCUCGGCUUCAUACAGUUAAAUCAGAGAGUAAAUAAUCAUCACUGCUCAGUUAGGCGGUACGAGAUACUAUCUAUCUUACAUUCAGGCCAGCUCCUCGUACCAGAACCCCUGGUGCUUCUAGAAAACGACCGAGCCUGCUCUCCCCUGUCAGUCCCGUCGUUGGAUGCAUGUCCCGUUCGUCAUGGUCCAAUCUGCGCGUCUGGAUAUUCCUUCGCCACCAAAUACGCUGCUCCAACCAAGAGAUUGACGAUGCCAGCAUUGACAUGCAGAAGUAGAGGCCAACAUUAUUCAACUAGCCACAGCCUACCUAGUGUGUUCAUGACACCACUAGAUCGAUCCGUCCGUUCGCUGGAUUCCUCUGGCAAGAAAUGUACCCCGUACGGUACCGUUUGCCCUGGUACACGAGAGCCCCGUUACAAUACCCGUUCGGACAUUUCAAGGUACCGGCCCUCCCAGCACUGGACCAAUUUCUCUUUCUGUUCUCGGAAUUCUGCUUUUGGCUGGUUAUUCUUAGACCCUCCUGGUUAUUCCUCGUCACGGCCUGAUGAACGUGAGCACUGACGUCUGAGGGGGAGAUCUGUUGAU